GCGGUCGCGUCCAGGAGGCCGAAACCGCUUUCAACGAGUCUUUGGCCAUGUGUCGCGAAGGCGGAGACCGAAAAGGUGAAGCUGACUCGCUGACGGCCCUGUCAAAGCUCUACGGGGAAAGCGGGCAGGGCAUCAAAGCGGCGGAGGCUGCUGAUUCGGCGCUUCUCCUCCAUCGCGAGUUGGGCCGAAAGCAGUGGCUUCUCGAAGCCUUGCUAAGCACCGCCAGGUCCAAGGUUGCUGCUUGCAAAGAGCACGAGGAGAACGGCGCAGAGUCUGCGGAGAUAGAAAAAGAGGUGCUUUCAGCGCUGGACAUGGCGCGGGAAGCCGUGGUCAUGUCCAGGAGGAUGAAUGACGCGCAGUCACUCAUCUUUUGCCAGCACACGGAAGUUGAGGUCCUGGUUGCAAUGAACCAGUUUGACGAAGCGAUGGAUGUCUUGAAGGAGGCUGUCGCUCUCAGCCAAGAGCAGCAGCUGCUGCGAGAGGAGGGACGGCUGACCAGCGAUGUGGCGCAAGUUUACAUUUGCCAGAAGAACUGGAAAAUGGCGACGCACUGCGCCAACAAGGCAAUGGAAAUGGCCGAAGCAGCCGGCGACCACGACGGCGAGGUUUUUGCCGUGAAGCUUCUCCGCCACAUUGAGAACGAGAUGGGUGGGAAGAGGAAGGCCCCAGAGCAAGCAGCCGCCGCGCCAGCCGCCGAGGCCGCACCCGCGCCCGAAGCUGCACCCGCAGCGGAGGAUGAGAUGCCGGCCACCUACAACGGGCCGACGUCGGAUGCGUUGGCAGACCGACUCCAGGGCAUGGUGAUGGACAUGUUCGAUGCAGACGAGCUUCAAAAUGACACCAUGCUCAUGGACAUUGGUAUCGACAGCCUCUCCAUGCUGGACUUCCAUGCCCGGAUCCAGAGG